AAUGUCUGCAUUAAAAAAAAAUUUAAACCCUCAAAUCUCUUCAAUUAUAGUCCAUAUAGUUUACAGCAUUUAGAGAUUUUCCUCUUUCCGAUUUACAUAUAUUAAUCAGAUUUACAUAUUUUCAAAUUAAUCAGUAACUAAUCAAAUCAUGAGAUCUGUAUCAAUACUCAGCCCUAUAGUUUGAUUGAAUCAAAUAAAAUCAUCAAAAUAAUCACACAAACAGAUUCUUCUGUUAAAGGGAAAAUUAAAAUUCUGUCAUCACUUACUCACCCUUAAGUAGUUCCAAACCUGUAUGAACUUCUUUGUUCUGCUGAACACAAAGGAAGAUAUUUGGAAGAAUGUCAGUAACCAAACAGAUCUCACCCCCCAUUGACAACCAUAGUAUAUAUUUUUCCUACUAUGGUAGUACAAACCCGAUUCCAAAAAAGUUGGGACACUGUACAAAUUGUGAAUAAAAAAAAAAAUGCAAUAAUUUACAAAUCUCAGAAACAUAUUUUAUUCACAAUAGAAUAUAGAUAACAUAUCAAAUGUUGAAAGUGAGACAUUUUGAAAUGUCAUGCCAAAUAUUGGCUCAUUUUGGAUUUCAUGAGAGCUACACAUUCCAAAAAAGUUGGGACAGAUAGCAAUAAGAGGCCGGAAAAGUUAAAUGUACAUAUAAGGAACAGCUGGAGGACCAAUUUGCAACUUAUUGGGUCAAUUGGCAACAUGAUUGGGUAUAAAAAGAGCCUCUCAGAGUGGCAGUGUCUCUCAGAAGUCAAGAUGGGCAGAGGAUCACCAAUUCCCCCAAUGCUGCGGCGAAAAAUAGUGGAGCAAUAGAAAGGAGUUUCUCAGAGAAAAAUUGCAAAGAGUUUGAAGUUAUCAUCAUCUACAGUGCAUAAUAUCAUCCAAAGAUUCAGAGAAUUUGGAACAAUCUCUGUGCGUAAGAGUCAAGGCCGGAAAACCAUACUGGAUGCCCGUGAUCUUCGGGCCCUUAGACGGCACUGCAUCACAUACAGGAAUGCUACUGUAAUGGAAAUCACAACAUGGGCUCAGGAAUACUUCCAGAAAACAUUGUCGGUGAACACAGUCCACCGUGCCAUUCGCCGUUGCUGGCUAAAACUCUAUAGGUCAAAAAAGAAGCCAUAUCUAAACAUGAUCCAGAAGCGCAGGCGUUUUCUCUGGGCCAAGGCUCAUUUAAAAUGGACUGUGGCAAAGUGGAAAACUGUUCUGUGGUCAGACGAAUCAAAAUUUGAAGUUCUUUUUGGAAAACUGGGACGCCAUGUCAUCCGGACUAAAGAGGACAAGGACAACCCAAGUUGUUAUCAGCGCUCAGUUCAGAAGCCUGCAUCUCUGAUGGUAUGGGGUUGCAUGAGUGCGUGUGGCAUGGGCAGCUUACACAUCUGGAAAGGCACCAUCAAUGCUGAAAGGUAUAUCCAAGUUCUAGAACAACAUAUGCUCCCAUCCAGACGUUGUCUCUUUCAGGGAAGACCUUGCAUUUUCAAACAUGACAAUGCCAGACAACAUACUGCAUCAAUUACAACAUCAUGGCUGCGUAGAAGAAGGAUCCGGAUACUGAAAUGGCCAGCCUGCAGUCCAGAUCUUUCACCCAUAGAAAACAUUUGGCGCAUCAUAAAGAGGAAGAUGCGACAAAGAAGACCUAAGACAGUUGAGCAACUAGAAGCCUGUAUUAGACAAGAAUGGGACAACAUUCCUAUUCCUAAACUUGAGCAACUUGUCUCCUCAGUCCCCAGACGUUUGCAGACUGUUAUAAAAAGAAGAGGGGAUGCCACACAGUGGUAAACAUGGUGUUAUGUUCCACGUAUGUUUUGUAUUUUAUUUUGUUGUUUCCUCCCUCUCUUAUGUUAUCUAUCCAUCGAGUUGUUUUAGGUUGAUCUUAUUGGACCGGAAGACCAGAAAUCAUCGUGGUGAUGUCCUGACGCUCUGACGUCACGACCAGCGUUCUGCCAAUCUGCGGGUUGCUGAUUGUUUAAAGGGCUUUUGGCGGCGUUCCAUCUGCAGUGAGCGUUUGGGCUUCGGACCUCACUCACCUUUGUCGAGCCAGAAGCACUCAGCCAAUCUAUGUGUCUUUGAGCCGUUCACUUAGUCUGUGGUUUACUGAGACGGUAUUCUGUGAGUUGUUUUAUGCAUUCGUGUAAUAGUUAAUCUGAUGGAGUUAGAGCGUGAUACAAGUUUCACGUAUUCAUUGUAUGUGCGCAUUCGUAUGCUGGUGUGAAGUCGUUAUCUGUUAACCACUUGAUUCGGUCUUGAUUGGCAAAUAAUGAUCCCUUUGUUAGGUACAACCCUACUCGGUGUUAAUCUCAACCUUCUUGACAACUGUAGUGAGUGACGGCUCGAUUUGUUAGUUAGUGAUUUGUUAGUUAGUGUGGGGGGGUGUUCGCCUUCAUUGUACUUUUGGUUAUUUAUGUAGUAAGUUUAGUUAAGGCGUUGUAUACGCCGAAGUUUUCGGUUUUGUUUCUACAUUUUAUUUUUGGUAGUUAGUUUAGGGGCGUGGGCGCUAGUUAAUGGGGUUUUGUUUUGAUUAUUUCUUUUGUUUGGCGACACCCUCGUUUUUUUUUCUUACCUUUGAGUUUGUUUCUCUUGUAUCGUCCAAUUUCCCACCCGUGUCAAUAAAGAUCGCGUUAUUUUUGCAACCCUUGUUGUCUGGUCUGCUCUUCCUCAUACUGCAACAGCUGCAUCUCACCUAAAUGUUGCGUUCAUUCCAUUUAACAUCUGUAAACUCGUAACAUUUAUUGGUGGCAGCGGUGGGAUAUCCUCUUUAGGAUAUCUUAUUCUUUUGGAAUGAAUUUGUGAGAUGCACUGUUGCUGGUGUGUUGGUGGAUCGGUCAGGUAAUAAGGAUUGCUCGUGUAGUCGGUGAGGGCAUGCUUUGCGUUAAUUGACGCCAAUUUUGGGGGCUUAGUGUUCAGUUCAAUUAUCAUGGCUGAUUUUGAUUUGAAUAACUUUGUGAGUGCACCAACUGUCGAACAGCUAGAUAAAUGUCGGAAGGACGAUUUAUUAGACGUUGCGGCGCAUUUUCACAUUAAAGUCUUGAAACAGCAGCUUAAACGCGAAAUCAAAAGGGUUGUAGUGCAUGGCUUGAGGGAAUUGGGUGUGCUUAAACUGGCUGAUAGUUCCGAGCAGGGUGCAGGUUCUGAUGGUGGCGCUUCGUGGAUUGGUGAGGAGGAAACGAGUGAUACUGCUGAGGCGGAGGGUUCCGAUGCCAAAGCUGUUUUACCACCCUUCGAUCCCUUUUCUCCACCCGUGAUUGGGACUGGAGGUGACUCGCGGCUCAAGUAUCAUUUGGCAGUCCAAGCGGAAGAGCGCGAGAGGAGAGGAGGAACUGAAAGCAGCCAGAGAUGCCCCAGUUUCCCCGGUGCCGCUGGUGUCUACUGCUCAACCUGCGCAGACUGCUGCUGUUAUGACUGGCGUGAAUACGGCGAGUAAUACGCUGGAUGUGAGUAAACACAUUUCUCUUGUUCCACAGUUUAGGGAGUCAGAAGUUGAUUCAUACUUUAAUGUAUUCGAACGAAUUGCUUCUGCUUUAAAUUGGCCUAGAGAUGUGUGGCCUUUGCUACUGCAGUGUAAGUUAACAGGAAAAGCUCAGGAAGUAUGUGCUGCUUUGACUUUGGAAGAUAGAUUAAAUUAUGAUGUUGUCAAAUUGACAAUUUUGAGAGCUUAUGAGCUCGUACCUGAAGCGUACAGGCAGCGUUUCAGGAACCAUAAAAAGAGCACGAGUCAAACGUUCGUAGAAUUUGCGAGAGAAAAAAGUAUGUUGUUUGACAAGUGGUGCACCUCAAACAAAGUUUCGGAUUUUCAGGCACUUCGUGAGUUAAUUUUGUUAGAGGAAUUCAAAGGUUGUAUUCCUGAUCGUAUUGUUGUCCACCUAAAUGAACAAAAGGUGGCAUCGUUGUCUCAGGCGUCUGUUCUAGCUGAUGAGUUUGCGUUGACGCAUAAGAGCAUUUUUGCUCCUGUUCGUAUUGACAAAGUUUUGUCUAGUUCCGUUGCUUCGAAAGAACCGUCGCGUUCGAAAAAUGUUUCAAAGCCUAAGGAAGAUCGAGAGUGUUUUUACUGUCACAAGCCGGGUCAUCUCAUUGCUGAUUGCAUUGCUUUGAAGCGCAAACAGCAAGGUAACGCUUCUAAAAGUGUUGCUUUUGUGAAGCCUGUCGAUAUCGUUAAUUGUGAGCUUGGUGAUAAGUUAGAUGUUGGCUAUCAACCUUUCGUUAUGGAAGGAUUGGUAUCUGUCAGUGAUCAGUCUUCGGAUCAAGUGAAAGUGACUAUGUUACGUGAUACAGGGGCGAUGCAGUCCUUUAUAGUGGCUGGUGCGCUGCCGCUCCCAGAACAGACUUUUUGUGGUACCCAUGUGUUAGUGCGAGGCUUUGAAAUGAACGUUAUGAAAGUUCCUUUGCAUCAGAUUUAUUUGAAGUCAGAUUUGUUUACGGGGUUUGUUAAAGUCGGCGUGCGUGACACUCUGCCUGUGCAUGGGGUGAGUUUCAUUCUGGGUAACGACAUCGCAGGUGGGAAAGUCGUGCCGUUGUUGUCUGAGUACACUGACGAAUUGUCAGAGAAGUUCCCCGAAGUUUUUCCUGUUUGUGCCGUGACGCGAGCGCAGGCUCGUAAAUUUGCUGAUGCAGAUGACUUGUCCUCUACUUUUAUGUCAUCUAUUAUUAUGAAUGACACUUUGCCAGUUGAGGAAGGUAAGUCAGUGGAUCAAGCUCUUGUUUUGAAGUUAGACGAGGUGAAAUUGUCAAUGACUCGUGAAAAAGUAAUUACAGCUCAGAAAGAAGAUUGUUCCUUGCGGAAGUGCUUUUUCUCUGUCGUUCCUUUGGAAGUGGCCAAAGAGAGGAAAACCGCUUACUAUAUCGAGGACGGGUUGCUAAUGCGUUGGUGGUGUGCGGAUGUUGCGAGCGAUAAUGAGUGGACUUCUGUACAUCAAAUUGUCAUUCCUGUAUGUUACAGACAGACUGUACUUUCUCUAGCUCACGAUCAUGAUUUGUCUGGGCAUUUGGGCGUUAAGAAAACAUAUCAUCGAAUUUUGAAACAUUUCUUUUGGCCCCGAAUGAAGGCCGAUGUAACGAAAUUCUGUAAAACUUGCCCGACUUGUCAGUUUUCAGGUAAGCCAAAUCAGGUGAUUCCGCGUGCACCGCUUGUUCCUAUACCAGUGAUGGGGGAGCCGUUCGAGCGUGUUAUUGUUGACUGCGUUGGACCGUUGCCUAAGUCUAAAACUGGUAACCAAUACUUGUUAACAAUGAUGUGCGCAGCGACGCGCUUUCCCGAAGCUAUUCCGCUGAGGAAGAUAACAGCGCCAGUGAUUAGUAAUGCACUUGUAAGAUUCUUUUCUAUGUUUGGCCUUCCGAAAGUGGUUCAAUCUGAUCAAGGUACUAACUUUUUGUCAAAACUUUUUGCACAGGUGUUGAAGACCUUAAAUGUUUCUCAUCAGACUUCGAGUGCUUACCAUCCGGAAAGCCAAGGAGCUUUAGAACGAUUUCACCAGACGUUAAAAGCUAUGUUGCGACGCUAUUGCAUGGAUACGGGUAAGGACUGGGACGAGGGCAUACCUCUGGUCUUGUUCGCUGUCAGAGAGGCAGUACAAGAUAGUUUAGGAUUUAGUCCUGCCGACCUUGUAUUUGGUCAUAUGGUGAGGGGUCCUUUAAAGAUGCUUAAAGAAGAUCUGUUAUCCUGUGAGCCUAAUACUAAAAUUCCUGUGCUUGACUAUGUAAGUAAAUUUCGUGAGCGGUUGCACAAGGCGUGUUCAACGGCAAAGGAGUCAUUGUUGAGUGCGCAGGUGGCUAUGAAACAUCAAUUUGACCGUAAAACUGUUCAGCGUCACUUUAAAGAAGGAGAUCAGGUGCUGGUUUUAUUGCCAGUUGUUGGUUCUGUUCUGUCUGCACGAUUUUCGGGUCCAUAUGAAGUGAGUAAAAAAUUGAGUGACACUGAUUAUUUAAUCCGAACUCCUGAGCGCAGAAAGAAAUCUCGUGUAUGUCAUGUGAAUAUUCUGAAGGAGUAUCAUGUCAGAGGGUCGCUACAAGAUGUUUCGAAGGUAGAUGAGCUUGAUACUACCUCUGUUGCCGCUCUUAUGUGUGAGGUGGCUGAUGUCGCUACGCAAGAUAAUGACGAUGGAGUGUUAGUGCGCCACACGUAUCAGCAGUGCGUUAGGCUGAAGAAUUCUGAGAUGUUGAAUGAUUUGACUUCUCAUUUGUCUCAUUUACCGGAUUGCCAAAGAAGUGAUAUUGAAACAUUAAUUCACGAUUUCUCUUUGUUAUUUCAGGAUGUUCCUUCUCGUACUACGGUUUUACAACAUGACAUUGAUGUAGGUCAUGCCGUUCCUAUUAAGCAACGAGCUUAUAGGGUUAACGCUGUUAAACGUUCGGUGAUGAAAGCUGAAGUCGAGUAUUUAUGUGAAAACGGUCUAGCCAAGCAGAGUUUUAGUCCGUGGAGCUCCCCAUGUCUACUGGUGACGAAGAGUGAUGGGUCCGCUAGAUUUUGUACGGACUAUCGCAAGGUAAAUUCAGUAACUGUUCCUGACAGUUUUCCGUUACCCCGCAUGGAAGAUUGUGUAGACAAUCUGGGGUCUGCUAAGUUCGUCAGUAAACUAGAUUUACUGAAAGGUUACUGGCAAGUGCCAUUGACGUCUCGAGCGUCUGAUAUCUCUGCUUUUGUGACUCAGGAUGACUUCAUGCAAUAUUGCGUUAUGGCUUUCGGCAUGCGCAACGCACCAGCUACGUUCCAGAGGCUCAUUAAUAUUGUGCUUGCUGGUGUUCGAAAUUGCAAUGCGUAUCUGGAUGAUCUCGUGAUUUAUUCACCCAACUGGUCCGCACAUGUUGCAACGUUAAGAGAGGUGUUUGAACGCCUUCAGAGUGCUUCGUUGACAUUAAACCUUUCCAAAUGUGAAUUUGGUCAAGCUACAGUGACGUAUUUGGGCAGAGAAGUGGGUCAAGGGCAGGUCAGACCUAUAGAGGCAAAGGUAACCGCGAUUGCAGAUUUUUCCAGUUCCGACCACACGAAAAGAACUUCGCAGAUUUCUGGGGAUGGCCGGUUAUUAUCGGAAUUUUUGUAAAAAUUUCUCUACCGUGGCCAGUCCGUUGACCUCACUCCUUAGUCCGUCACGUACUUUUAUUUGGAGUGAGGACUGUCAGAGUGCUUUUCAUAACAUCAAAGUUUUGUUAUGCAGUACGCCUGUUUUGACAGCUCCUGACGUGGGAAAAGGCUUCAAGUUGGAAAUUGAUGCAAGCUCGGUUGGUGCAGGUGCAGUGCUUGUACAAGAAGACGCCAAUGGUAUUGACCAUCCAGUAUGUUAUUUCUCACGUUGAUCUUAUUGGACCGGAAGACCAGAAAUCAUCGUGGUGAUGUCAUGACGCUCUGACGUCAUGACCAGCGUUCUGCCAAUCUGCGGGUUGCUGAUUGUUUAAAGGGCUUUUGGCGGCGUUCCAUCUGCAGUGAGCGUUUGGGCUUCGGACCUCACUCACCUUUGUCGAGCCAGAAGCACUCAGCCAAUCUACGUGUCUUUGAGCCGUUCACUUAGUCUGUGGUUUACUGAGACAGUAUUCUGUGAGUUGUUUGAUGCUUUGUCCCAACUUUUUUGAGAUGUGUUGAUGCCAUGAAAUUUAAAAUCAACUUAUUUUUCCCUUAAAAUGAUACAUUUUCUCAGUUUAAACAUUUGAUAUGUCAUCUAUGUUGUAUUCUGAAUAAAAUAUUGAAAUUUGAAACUUCCACAUCAUUGCAUUCCUUUUUUUAUUCACA